GGCCCUCGGACGCCGAGCCUCCAUCCUGGCACUUUCCUUCAUCCUGGUAACUCACAAGUUCCCGGACCAAAAACAGGAAGUGUGUCUGAUGCCUCGUUUACAGCGUUUACUGAAUGACAUCAGCACACACCUGUGGCAGUGAGUGUGUUUGAUUUUCUCACCAGGUGCAGGAUGAGCUCAGCGGCAGAGGACGAGGAGGCUGCAGCGUUAGAGACCGUCAAGUCCGUCACCCUCACCCAGGACAGUGAUGGGAGUAUCAUACUGCACUGUCCUCCCAGCGAUGGGGACUCGGAGCCUCUUCAGAAGAAGCUGCGUCUCUCAACAGACCAGGAACAGGAAGACUCAGACACACCUCAGUUCUCUGUGGUCACUUUACCCAUGUCGGAGAGCGACGAAGGCUUCGAGGUGACGAUGACGGCCACAGCGGACGGAGAUCUGUCCGAGGACGGCGUCGCUCAGAUUCAGAUCCUGCAGGAGGACGAGGACUCGCUCUCGCCCAAUCAGAAGACAGAGGUGUCACCUGUCAGUCAGGCCUGGUUCACCACAAAAGAAGACAAAGACACGCUGGCCAACAAAGGUCAUAAGUGGAAACAGGGGAUGUGGUCUAAAGAGGAGAUCGACCUUCUGAUGAGCAACAUCGAUCGAUACGUGAAGGACCGAGGCAUCGAGGACCCGGCUGAGAUCAUCUUUGAGAUGUCCAAAGAGGAGAGGAAGGAUUUCUACCGCUCUGUGGCGUUGGGCUUGAACCGGCCGCUGUUCGCCGUCUACAGACGGGUCCUGCGGAUGUACGACAACCGAAACCACGUCGGCAAGUACACUCCUGACGAGAUCGAGAAGCUGAAAUCGUUGAGGGAGAAACACGGGAACGACUGGGCCACCAUCGGCGCAGCUCUGGGCCGCAGCGCGUCCUCUGUCAAAGACCGCUGCCGACUGAUGAAGGACACAUGCAACACAGGUAAAUGGAGCGAGGAGGAGGAGCGGCGUCUCGCUGAGGUCGUGUACGAGAUGGCGGGUGUGUCGCCGGGGUCGGCGGUCACCGGAGGCGUGUCCUGGGCGUCGGUCGCCGAUCAAGUUCGCACACGCUCAGAGAAACAGUGUCGGUCGAAGUGGCUGAAUUACCUGAACUGGAAACACAGCGGAGGGACGGAGUGGAUGAAGGAGGACGACCUGAACCUCAUACGCAGGAUAUCGGAGCUGGAGGUCGAGGACGAGAAUGAAAUCAAGUGGGAGGAUCUCGCCGGCGGGUGGAGCAGCGUCCGAUCGCCUCAGUGGCUGCGAUCCAAGUGGUGGAGCAUCAAGAGACAAGUAGCCAAUCACAAAGAGAUCCCCUUCAGCGUCCUACUGAAGGGCCUCCAGGAGCUGAUGGCGUCCUCAGGAUCGGUCCCGGGGAGCCCCACCUCCUCCUCCUCGUCCUCGCUCCAGAUCCGACUCACCCGAUUGGAGGAGAGCGGCGGCAGCCCCGUCCCCAGCUCUGUGGCGGCGCUGCAGAUUCCCGUACAGAUCCCGCUGCAGAUCACACACCUGGCCUCAGAUUCUUCAGCUGCCGCCAGCGACAGUGAGACCAUCACUCUGAACACGGGAGCGCUGCAGACCUUCGAGAUCCUGCCUUCCUUCCACCUGCAGCCCACCGGCACCCCGGGGACCUACUACCUCCAGACAACGUCCAAUCAGGGCCUGCCGCUCAGCCUCUCCACCAAUCAGGGCCUUCCGCUAAGUCUGGCCAAUAACGGCACGGUCACCCUGACGACAGGCUCGUCUCCGUCGUCACACGAACACAUCAUCCUGCACAGCCUGUCGACGGACGGCCUCUGCUCCAGCGACGGUGUCAUCAUCCAGACGGUCACCUCUGACCCCGCCUCCUCCGACCCUCUCAGCCAAGAUAAUCUGGUUGUGGAGACGGAGGGGCGGAGCCAGGACGACCAUCUCGAUGCCACGAGUCUCCUGGAGGGUUCCGAGAGCGUUGUCACGGAAACUCAGGAGCCAAUGACAGAUGGCUUCACUGACAAGGAGCUGAGUUCCCCCUCUGUUGAGGGUCCAGUGGUGCAUUCUGGGAUAACGUCUGGCAGCGCCGUGCUGAUUGUGUCUCCUCCCAACAUCAGCAGCACACUGACAGAUCCGAUCUUGGAGAACCAAGACGGCUCCGACUGAGCAGGACUUUUAUUGUGACAUCCCUGUGAUUAAAUGGACUCUACAGGACGAGCCUGUUGACCCGGGUGAAGACCGACUGUAGCUGCUACACAGGACGACGACAACAACAGACACAGCAGCUGUCUGUCUGUUGAACUGUGACGCUCCUGUUAAAACCAGGAUGUGAAUUCUUUUAAAACGGCCUGAAUGAAACAGAAGUUCUGACUCCGACUGAAGCUUCAGUCUGAACCCUGGAUGAAAUGUGAACGCUGCGCAGCGCUCGCCGUCACUGUCGACCUCACGGCGCCAAAGAGACUCCAAAGGCUGUGAUGGAGGGAAACCUGGGCACUGACCUUUUAAAAACAUAUUAAUACGUACUUAUAAUUAUGUGAAGAUGAAGAAGUUUUUAGUGGCAACUUGAACGAUGAAUAAAUCCCGUCCGGAGCGACGUCUUGUAUUUUAAAGUGGAUCUCUGGGUGUUUUGGACUUCCUCACAGCGUCUCAUUUCUCGCCUGUUUGAUCACCAGUAGAAAAAGCGAAGGAGGCGUUCAGGGUAUAUAAUUAUUUAUUCCAUAAAAUAUUAAAUAAAAAAGAAACACCUGGCUUUGACAGUCCUACAGUCGUGGCGAGGUCGGCUCCCUCUCCUGGACGUUUCGACUCCGUGUGACUCAGAACAUCUGUAAACAAAGCUGUUUACACUUUAAAGCUGCAACUUGCCUCAUGUUUUAUAUUAAAGGACAAACCUGGUGAUAUUUUAUAUUUUUAUUAUUGUCAACAAAUGUCAUGAAAAAACCAGAAGCUUUUAAAAAAUGCAACUAUACACUUGUGUCGUGUUUUUAAAGAUUAAAAAGUUAGAAAAAUGUUGAAACAUCGUUGGUUUUUGUCUUCAUGAGAUUUGUUGAUAAAAAUAAAUAAAUAAAUAAAAUAACAUCAGUCGUUUUCUUUGAGAUUUGAACUUUGAGUCCAGCUUUCUUUGUGCAGUCUUGAUUUGGACAGAGAGGAUGAAUCCAGUCUUCAUGAUCUGUGUUUAUGUUGCAGCCUGACUUUGUGAUUGAAUCUCGACUUUAACUUCAGUUUAAGAGCCACUGAGACCAAAUGAAACCUCAGUGCUACGGUGUGUUUGAAGACUUUGCUCUUUGUGGGACGUCAGUGUUCGACACGUUUCUCUGAUCUGGUCAAAACAUUAAACUCAGGCUCUUCACAUCAGCUGGUCUUUACUUCAUGAGUAUUUUCAUGAUCCCGCUGAUGAUGUGUUUUCUGCCUGAAGUGAUGAAAUGUUUGUCUGGAGCGACAGAGGAUCUGACAGAUCUGUGGGUUCAGAAAAAUAAGAUAAAACCUCCCCCGCCAUGCUAGCAGCACGACGGCAGCAUCUGCUGGUCGCUACAGGACGGUCAGGAAAUCUGCUUCAGAUAUUCUUCUCGGCCUCAUGAUGAAAUGAAAUGACUUCACUGAUCUCUUCACUUUUCCUCUAGCGCCACCAUCAGGUCAAAAUCUAAUUGGGUUUACGUCCAAACAUCUGCAAAACUACUGACAGAUUGUCAACAUUAUACCUGCUGAAUAUUAACGUUAGCAUACUAGUGUUAGCAUUUAGUUGGGCAAAAAUGUUCUCACAUUAUUUCUAAAUGGUUAGCCAAUUAGCUUUUUUAUUUAUAGCAGUUUAAGUGAAACCAGACACAAUCAGUGUAGCUGCUAUAAUACUAUUAAUGUUAAUACUGGAUUUUAUUUUUGAUAGACCUGCUGGCUGUGAACUCAGAGAAAUCAGAGGCUGUUAGCAUUUCCUACAGGGAGCAACACUAUGUGACCAAAUCAUGGAGAAACGUACCGAACACUGAGGCCAUGAACGCGUCAGCUUUAACUUCCUGUUAUUGCGUUGCCUUCACUAACGCAGCUACACUCUGUAAACCAUAGUGUUUUUCUAACCUGCUACAUCUGAACCAAACGUGUUGGGCUGAAAUAGACCUACAACACAAACGUCUUCAUGAUUAUAACUCUCAGUCUUUAUGUAAAAACAGUGACUUAAAGCUACGUGGUGCGACAGACUAGAAGCUCAGGUUCGUAAAAAGCAGGAUUAACAGUGCAAAAACGCCCGAUGGCGGACACAUUGACGUGAUACAGAGACCUUUACAGAUUCAUGUGGAAAACCUCCAUUCAUCUUCAUUGGUGCUACAGCUGGCCUGAGAGUGAGUGAGUGAGUGAGUGAGUGUGUGUGUGUGUGUGUGUAUGUGUGUGUGUAUGUGUGUGUGUGUGUGUGUGUGUGUGUGUGUGUGUGUGUGUGUGUGUGAAUGGCUUAGACAAAAGUGUAAUUCAGCUACGCUUAGUGCAAGAAUUGGCAGUGAGUCAGUGUAAUUCAGCAUUUAGGUCUAAUUAAAAAAAAAUCCUCUUAGCGAGACUUGAUUUGGAAAAUUAAUUAAAUCCCACCAUGAAAAUCAGAUAAGCUGAAAAAGCAGAAAAGAAGCAGAAAAAAAAAGGAAAACAUACAAACUGUUGCAUAUAUUUGCCACAGAACCCUGAUGCUGUUGUGCUAUUGCCGUGUUAGCUAGUUUGUGCUAAAGUCCACAGAACUGAGGGAGGGAGGGAAGGGUUUGUUUCCCGCCUCCUGCUUCACCUGGUGUGUUUACAUGCUCAUAACUCACUUCCUGGUUGAGAAAUCUGAACACAUGUCAAACUGAGUUCAUCCACAAGACUUCAUCAACAAGCGCUGGUGGUGAUGUCAUUCUAACGUUAUCGCUGCUUGUACUUCUGCUUGAGCUCAGUGUUUAUGUGAAAAUGGAGGAAGUUAAAAACAGUUUUUUGACAUGGACACAUGCCAACACCAACACAACGGGCCGAUUUAGGAACCAGUAUCACAGAAGAAGUGAAAGCCAUCAGGAGAACAAAGCUCAUCAAAUGUUGGCGAUCUCUUUUGAGCUUUGUUUUGUUUUGUUUACAUUUUAGUAAAUUAAUAAUAAAUAAAGUAAGUCAUUUACAUCA